CUUCAGUACCUUUGGCAACUGAGGCGUGUUCGUGCGGAACGUUGUUUAUGUAGUGUGUUUUGAAAUUUUGCGGCGAUGUUUAACUCGAAAUAUAUUAUUAGUACAUGGCAGUUGUGUGACACGUCGCCGCGGCGCGCUCCGAAAUGUUCCUGCUUCUCCUUCUCCUGCUGAUAGCUGCUCAGCACGGCGGACAGCACAGCCCAGAUAGCGACAGCUAGUGCGAGAUGGCGGCAUCGCGAGUGUUCAGCGCGCACGGCGAGCUGUGCGCCAGCCACCCGUGGGAGGUGAUCGUGGCGACGCUGACGCUGGCCAUCAGCAUGCUGACGGUGGAGCAGCGUGCCUCCAGGCUGCCCGUCGCCGCGCCGGCCGCCGCCUCCCAGGCAGAGGAGUACAGCGCAGCCGCCGACAUGAUCAUGAUGACGGUGAUCCGCUGCGUCGCCGUCCUGUACUGCUACUACCAGUUCUGCAGGCUCCACAAGCUCGGUUCCAAGUACAUUCUCGGUAUUGCCGGACUCUUUACUGUCUUCUCCAGUUUUGUAUUCAGCACAAGUGUCAUCAAUGUUCUUCACAGUGAUAUAUCUGAUCUCAAAGAUGCGUUAUUUUUCUUUCUAUUGCUGAUCGAUCUAUCUAAAGCAAGUGCUCUGGCACAGUUAGCACUUAGCGCUAGCAACACAGAAGAAGUGCGACGUAAUAUUGCUCGGGGGAUGGCAACUCUGGGACCUGCCCUCACACUGGACACACUUGUUGAGGCGCUUGUCAUUGGUGUUGGGACUCUCUCAGGUGUUCGCAGACUGGAGGUCCUGUGUUGUUUUGCUUGCAUGUCUGUCAUUGUUAAUUACAUUGUCUUCAUGACAUUCUAUCCAGCAUGCCUUUCUCUUAUCUUAGAGUUAUCACGAGCUGGUAAGCACGGCAGGCCUGCUUGGCAGGAACGCUCAGCUAUAGUGCGCCAUGUGCUCCAGGAGGAAAAACCAAAUCCAGUGGUGCAGAGAGUCAAGGUGAUCAUGUCUGCAGGUCUUGUACUGGUUCAUGCUCAUAGUCGGUGGGGACUUGGCGGCGACGAUACAAGCAGUGUACCUUCUGUGGGAGUCCCAGGAACAUCCCUGCCAUUGGUGGUUUCCCCCACUACUUCUGUCUCUUCUACUGCUGUCUACAACCAUACUGAUGACUUCACAGCAUCCUCUAUCCGCGAGUACCUGCUUAGGUGGCUGACUGUGAGUGCUGACCACAUUGUCAUUCUUAUCCUGCUGUUAGCACUUGCUGUAAAGUUUGUUUUCUUUGAGAGUGAGGAGGAUAUUCGGGAGCAAAUGCUGGUAUCUGACCGGGCCAGUGACAGGGAACGCAGGCACAGGAGUUACAGUCAUGGCCAUGCUUUCGAUCGUAUGCGUCCAAUGCUUGAAGCCGGUUGGGUGGAGGUCCCAUCUCGUGAAGAACUCAUUGCAAUUAACACUGAGCACAAAUCAGUUCAGACAGAUCAUCAGGAACAGCAGCAGCAGCAACCACCACCACAAGAGCUUAAACCUAUAACUGAAGUAUCUCCAACAUGUCAACAGGCACAGCAAGAUAUUGCAGUUACAGAAACAACAGUGAAUAAGACAUCUCUUGAUGAAGAUAAAGAGGAACCACAAAUUUGUCGAAGUUUAGAACAGUGUGUGGAUAUAUAUAGAUCCAAGGAGGGAGCAACAGCUUUAACAGAUGAAGAAAUGCUUCAGCUUGUACGUGCUAGUGUGGUGCCCUCUUACCAACUGGAAGCAGUUGUUAAGGACCCUGAGAGAGGUGUUGGCAUUCGGAGGAAACUGUUCGAUGCUCACAAACCUGGUGCACUUGCAGAUCUACCAUAUACUGGUUACGACUAUUCAAAGGUGCUUGGUGCAUGCUGUGAAAAUGUUGUUGGCUAUCUGCCAGUACCAGUAGGUAUUGCUGGCCCUCUGUUAUUGGAUGGUCAACAAGUGCAUAUUCCCAUGGCUACAACAGAGGGAUGCUUGGUGGCUAGCACUAAUCGUGGCUGUCGUGCAUUACUUUCCUGUGGUGUCACAUCCCGUGUUGUUGCUGAUGGUAUGACACGAGGGCCAGUUGUUCGUUUCCCAUCUGCAGCAAGAGCCAGUGAGGCUAUGGUAUGGAUGCAAACACCAGAAAACUUCGAGGGCAUCAAAGCUAGCUUUGAUGGCACCAGUCGAUUUGCACGUCUAAUUAAGUUGCAUGUACGCAUUGCUGGCAGGCAUUUGUUUGUGAGAUUUGUGGCUACCACAGGUGAUGCCAUGGGCAUGAACAUGUUGUCUAAGGGCACUGAAGUUGCUUUGGGUUAUGUUCAAAAAACAUUCCCAGAUAUGGAACUACUUAGUCUCAGUGGAAAUUUCUGUACUGACAAGAAACCGGCAGCUGUCAACUGGAUUGAAGGCCGAGGAAAGUCUGUAGUCUGUGAAGCUGUUGUUCCUGGAGAAGUAGUGUCAAAAGUGCUUAAAACAACUGUGCAAGCUCUUGUUGAUGUAAAUGUUAGUAAGAAUAUGAUUGGCUCUGCUGUGGCUGGAAGUGUGGGUGGAUUUAAUGCACAUGCAGCAAAUAUAGUAACUGCCAUCUUUAUAGCAACAGGCCAGGACCCUGCACAGAAUGUUAGUAGCAGCAACUGCAUGACAUUAAUGGAACCAUGGGGAGAGGGAGGCAAGGAUCUUCAUGUAUCAUGUACGAUGCCAUCCCUUGAAAUUGGAACCGUAGGGGGUGGCACAGUUCUGCCUGCCCAGGGUGCCUGCCUUUCCAUGCUGGGUGUUAAAGGUGCAAAUGAGGAGUCUCCAGGAGAAAAUGCUAAAAUGUUGGCAAGGAUAGUGUGUGGCACAGUAUUAGCUGGAGAACUCUCUCUCAUGUCCGCUCUGGCUGCAGGGCACCUGGUACGGUCCCACCUGAGGCAUAACAGAGCUUCUGUUACUUCAAGACCGAGUGAAGAAAAGUCGUGAAACGUGUCUCAGAUGAAGCUGCAUGCAGUUGCAUGUAGGUCACUGACAAAGAAGACUGCCACAGUGACUGUAAUCAGUGACAUUCCAUGCAUCAGGAUGGCUGGCAAAUAUCCAUGAGAACACGAUUCUCUGUCAUGGAAGAAAAAGUGGUUUGAAACUAGGCAGUGUAUAUUCUGAGAGAACAGCACCCAAAACCACUGCCAGUCACUGAAGUUUACCAAAUAAAUAAAACAUAAAUGUUUUAAGAUGUCUUGUCUUACUGACUGAAUGGAGUACUAGCUCAUUGAACAGCAUCACGCAGUUCAAAUUAACUAAGUGAUCAUGCUCAAUAAUUUAGAGUAACUGUUCAAUUAAAUCAAAAUGUGAUGAGUUAGAUGCAUUUGAAUAAGAAUUCUGAGCUUCAAACUUGUUUAUACAAUCACAUUUGUAUGUAAUCAGACUGACUAUAAUUAUUUGGAUAUAUUUAUAGAUGUAAAAUAAUCGUAAUAAUUUAUUAACUGAAAUGAGUCUGCAGAAAAGCUGGCUUUAUGGGACAGUACAGUACUUAAAACUGCUUUUGAAACUGAGUUUUUGUAGCUACAAAGGAGAAGAGCCUUUACAAGAAAUCUGUGUACAACCUUAAGAAACAUUACAUCUUAUUUGCAGUCCUCGUGUCGUUUUAAAUCUUACUCUGUCUUAACAGUGAAUGUGCUUGAGCAUUUAAUGUACUCAUACCUUUUGAGUUAAAUAGAGCCUCAAAUGUAAUUGAGAAACACUAUAUUAUAUGUAAAUACAUGUACAAAUGCCUACCUGUCAUCAGAAUAGAUUCUUGAUUAAAAUAUUUUCGUGACUUGUUUAUUAUUGACACAUACAUAUCUUGGUGGUUUCUUGACCGACACAGACUGAAUGUUCAUUUAUUGUGACAUUUUAGGCAUUUUUUAAAUUUCACUGUAAUGUUGUGCUUGUCAGAUUUAGGUUACAACUGAUGUGUGAUUGUCUUUGCAGUAUUCCUUAAUGUUAGUCACUUGUAACCAGUAUUUGUACAAAAGCAGCUGCAAUGAAAAGAUCUGUAAUCAUGUAAUUGCAGUUUAUCUACCACAAACUUAAUUUAUAGUGCUCAAUGAGUGUGGAAAAUCAAUUUGUGCCAGUGAAUGAAACUGUAAAAAUAUUAGCUGUUUAUAGCCAUGUCACUGUUGGAAAACAUAACAGUAUUUUCUAUAUUUUUUAAUUAAGUAAUGUAUAAUGUUAGUCACAGCCAUAAGUUAUACACUUGUUUCAUUUAUUGCAAAAAAUCCUUUAGAGUGUUUAUAUUAAUCAUGUGAAGGCAACAGCAACAUUGCAAUAAUUUCUUACAUCAUGACAUUUUUCCAGCAGAAAGAGAGCAGAACAUUAUUUUUUACACCCUAAGCAGAAAAAGGUCCCGUAACUUAUUAUGAAUAAAUAAAAAGAACUUUGUAAGAUA